AAGAAGAAAAAGAAAAGCAUGACGAGCAAGAGGAAGAGGCGUAUCGGCAAUCCCGCCUAGUUGAUUCGCAUUCAAAAGACGACAAAGAACGCACAGAACGAAAAGACCUAAAUUAUAUUGCUUAUGACAGCACAGACGAGUUCCACUACGAAACGGACGAUCUAUACCAGUCAUAUGAGAGCGAUUACGCAGAUUACGAGAGAAAACUAAGAGAAAAGAUGGAGAAUACUGACUCUCCAACAGAAAGUGAAAGCGAGAGUGAGUUUCACGCAGCACCGAUAAGAGACCAAGAACGAGACAGUAUUACUGUCACUAGUUCUACAAGCUCUCCUGCUCUGUUUGAAGACGACGACGACGACGACGACGACGACGACGACGACGACGAUGCUGAUUACACGACAAGUCAAGAUGAUAGUACAGAAGAGAAAGAGAGCCAUGAGGAAAACUUGUCUGUUGAUGACAGUUAUUACACUAGUACCGCAGACAGUGGAAGUAGUAUUGAAACAUAUUACAGCGAUAGAGACAGAGAAGACGAUAAAGUCACUGUGUCUACUUCGAGGGCUGUUACUGCCUUGUCUGRCCUUCAAGACACCGGCCAAGACCUCGAAAACAAUGACACAGAAGAGAAAGACGAUGAGAAUGAUUUUGAAAGCCAACUCGAGACAAGAUCAAGGUCAAGAUCAAGACCCGAUACAAGGUUAAUUAGCGGCCAGUCUGACAGCCCUCGUCACAGUCCUCUCAGUGAAGUCGAGCGGAGGUCAUAUCAGUUUGACGAGUGUGAGGAAACCAUCUUUGAUAUGAUGGAACUACAUUUCUCAAGCCCUGAACCCGAACUUUCCGCAGGCAGAAACACAAUGGAAACCAAAGUUAAGAGGAGAGCUCACGGCGGGAAUCAGAAAACUACGAAGCUUAGAAGAGAAAAAAUGAGAAGGAGAAAAGAAAUAAAAAGACUUAGACUCGAACUUUAUCGCGAUUCAGAGACGGAGGAUGAUGAAGAUACGUUAAAGAAACAAAGAGCGCGGGAAAAAAGGAGAAAAACUUCACUCAAAAAUAUCAAACGAACGAGAACUUAUUCCGAUUUUUUCAAAAACGAAGGUGAGAAAAAUAAAGCGUCAAGUAUUGAGCCAAGGGAGACAUCGUUUAGUUCCAGUUCGGGUGACGAAUGGCGGGAACGAGUCUGUACCUCUCAGGAAGUGACGUCACCGAAGUCCAGCUAUGUCACUAAAACCCGUAGUGACGUUACUAGAGACAUCAGCGCCGCAUCCCAGAAUACCUCAUAUUCCUCCUCGGCAUAUUUGGACGAAGAAAGCGAUUACGUCAGCAGUCGAGAUCUACCUUCGCCUCCACCAAUCAAAGAAGUGAGAAAAAUAUUCUGGCCAAUCAGUGGUAGGAUUAAAGAGCUUCCACCAAUCAGAGCGCAAGCCCUGUCUCAAGAAAGGAGGAUUCGUUUCCUGACUCUUGGAAAACUCGCUACCAAUAAACCGUCGAAAAAGAGAACCAAAAAAAGCCAAUCUGCAAGUACAAGAACUGUGAAAACAGAGGAAACAUCCAACAUGGUGCAAAGGAUUUUGUCAGCAAACAGAAACAAGAUUACUAAGCUCUACAAUACAGUGGAAGAACUCCAACAUGAAGUUGAUAACUUACGGCAGGAAAAUAAAACUUUAAAAAGAUUGCAUGUUAAGCAGGAAAAAGAACUGAAACAGAUCGAAAAAGCCGAGGCAAGCUUGCCUCAACUUUUACAGAGACACAGUGCUGAAUUACGGACUUAUCGUGAAAGAUUAAAGAAAACAAAAGGGGACAUGACAAAGAAGGAAAGGGAGUCACAUACUCAUGACUUGGAAAUAACCAAACUUAGAGAUAAAGUCCAACACUAUAAAGCAUUGGAUAAUGACAAGAAACUUGAAGAAAGGGCUGCUUUAGCAAGAAAACUUGAAAAAGUGGAGAAAUCAUUGUCUGAGAGAGAUAAAAGAAUUAUGGACCUACAGAAAACUAUUACAUUAGCAGAAAAAGGAAGGCAAAGGGAAAUAAAAGAACAACAGGAAAGACAUAAAAAGGCUGCAGAAGAACUAAAGAUUGUCAGAGAUCAAGUUGCAUUUCUCCAAGAAAAAUUAAAGGAAAAAGAAAAAAUGUUGGACAACACAAAUGUUUAUUAUGGAAGUAUCCAAAAGAGAUUUAAAAAAUCAAAUCCACUUGCUCUUCCUCCUGUUCGACCAGAAGACUUGCAUUCAAUGAAGGAUAUUGAAAGUACUGUGCCUCAUUCCGACAAAAAGAGAAGCAAUGUUUUCAUAACAAAUGGCUCAAGUGAUGCAAGUUCAUAUAUGGCAGAAAGUGAAGUUGGGAAAAGACAGAAUGACAAUAAAAAUGGUGUUUCAAAAAGACUUGAUUUCGAAAAGAUGGAGGAUACACGACUAAGAGAAGUCCUCGAAAGGGAAGAAAGAAGAAGGAAAGAAGAAGAGGAUGCAAGGAAACGAGAGGAGGAGCGUAAAAGAGAGCAAGAAGAGGAGUUUGAAAGAAUGAGACAGAUGAAAAAGAGGCAAGAGGAUGAAAAGAAGAGACUAGAAGAAGAGAGAAAGAAACAAGAAGAAGAAAGAAAGAGGCAAGAAGAGAAAAAGAAACAACAAGAAGAAAGACGAAAAGAAGAAGAAAUGAUCAGAAAAAAGAGAGAAGAGGAGGAAAGAAUAAGGAAGGAAAAAGAAGAGCAAGAAAGGUUGAAAUUUAAAGAAGAUGAAGAAACAAGACGCAAAAAGGACCUUCUGCUUGCUCGCAUGAGAGCUAUAGAUGGAGAACAUAGUACUAAACCAAAUGGAAUCAUUGACAUUGAUCUUGGUUCAAAAUCUCGAGAAGAGAAGCCAAAGAAGCUGCCAAUUUUUUUACAGGGUUCAGAAAAACCCAAAGAAACUGGGGUUUCUCAUGACAACGAAAAACUUAAAAAUGGCUCCAAUACUUCUGUACGAUCAAAACAUAGUCAAAGCUCUUCGUACGACUUCAAAGAAACCAUUCAAAAUCUACACCAUGGACUUCCUGCUCACCCUUCUGAUCAACAUCUACGUUCCGUUGCUCCUAAGGGUCGAGGGGACAGCCUUGGUGAAGAUGAUCUAGUAUUCGGAUCAUAUAAACCAUCAGUUGUAAAACGUGAAGUCAAAAAAUCGGACACUUUUGGUUCAUACAAUCCUUCUUUCAGUGAUUCAAAGGACACUGGACUGGAUUUUAGUAGAAAGCAAGAGCGCAGUAAAAUUUCCUCUCCAUCAAAGGAUAAUGAACUCCUGUUUGGGUCUUACCAACCAACAUUUGGUGCAGCUAAGGGAAAUGAUGGAUCCACAAGAAGAGGUGGUAGGCGAGGUCGAACCGAUCUAGGUCAAAACUCAAACUCAAUUUUUGGGGACGAUUUCUUAAGUAACAACAAUUCAAAAGAAAAGCAAUCGAAACCUCUAUUCAGUGAAGAUUCUUUUAACAAAUCUAAUGACAAGUCAUAUCCUUGGGAAAAAAAGGUCAAUGUUGCUAAACAAUCAGUUGACGAAAGCUUGUUGCCAAGACGACAGAAGAUCCAGCAGAGUGUGAACAAGGGACAUGAGCAGAAUGUACCUGCCGUCAAGAAUGUUUUGAAUGAUACUAUAGAUGAUGAUAUAGAGGAAGUGACAUUAUAAAAUAAUUAUUUUUCCAAAAAUGUUUUAAAAGAAUCUAUGUGUGCUGUGUGUGUGAGAAAGAAAGAAAGAAAACUGAUAGAAGAAGAAAUAGAAAUACAAAAUUAAUAGUGACAAGAACUUUUGUACAACAUAAACUUCUGGAUUCUGAAA